AUGGGGAAGCAGUUAAAGAAAGGUAGACCUCCUCCAUGUGGGAAACAGUUCUCCAGGAAGGUAACUACGCAAAGCGCAGAGACAGAUGAGGUUGUGACAGUGAUGGAACAAAGAAGAUCUUGUGUCCACUUUGAAAAAUGUGUUGAUAUGGAUAGGUUGUUGGAAAAGAUGAAAGCUUGUGAACAAAUCAAGUGUGGAGAAUGCAAGGAAGGAUUGCACAUGAAGAGAAGAUGUGAAGGGAAAGUUAAUAGGUUUUCUUUUAAUGCCAAGAAAGCUAUUUGGCUUUGCUUGGAAUGUGGCCAGUAUAUCUGUGCAGGUGAUGGUUUGCCAACUGAUGCUCAGAGUCAUGUCAUGCGUCACUUCAGGUUGACGCGUCACCCUAUAGUGAUUCAAUGUGAAUACACUUGCUUAAGAUGGUGUUUCUCGUGCCAGUCACUACUCCCUUUUGAGAAAGAAGAGAAUGGUGAGAAGAUUGAUUUGUUACUAGAAGCUGUGAAACUGAUUAAAGAACGAUCUUCAAGCACUUACUCUGAUAAAACUGAGGCUGAAGAUUCAUAUUCAAGUAGUAUCUCUGCUGAGAUCAAAGGUUAUGCUGUAAGAGGUUUAGUUAACCUUGGGAACACAUGUUUCUUUAACUCUGUAUUGCAGAACCUUCUUUCUUUGGAUCAGUUACGUGACCGUUUGUUAAAAGAGGAUCUCUGUUGUGACGGGCCUCUAGUUUCUUCUCUAAAGGAACUAAUCACAGAAGCAACAUCAGAAGCAAACUUGUUCAAUCGUGUGAUAUACCCAAGCGCCCUUUUUGGUGUCCUAUGUUCUAAGGCUCCUCAGUUUAGGGGAUUUCAGCAGCAUGACAGUCACGAGCUGCUAAGGUGUUUGCUGGAUGGUUUGAGCAUCGAAGAAUCAAGCCUAAGGAAAAAACUUGACGCUUCUGAUGACAGUGAGAAACCUACUCUCGUAGAUUCUGUAUUCGGUGGUGAAGUUUCAAGCACCAUUUCUUGUUUGGAAUGUGGACACUCCUCAAAGGUUUAUGAACCCUUUUUGGAUCUCUCUUUACCUGUUCCCUCCAAGAAACCUCCUCCAAGUAAGAAACAAACCUUCUCUCAGAGAGAGAGAUUUAAAUUUCCACCAACAAAUGUCUUUAAGAAUGUUGCAGACAGCAAAGAUUCAUCAGAACCUGUAUCAGCUAUGACACUUGACAAUAAGCAGGUCCCUGAAAUUGCAACACAAGAUGAUACGGAAGAAGUUGAUAGUUUUUGGUUCGAAGCUUUUGGUGAGACCGAUUUGGUUUCACAAGGUGAUGUUAGUGAUACUGCCUCACUAACACAGCCUGAAGUAGCUGAUCAGACUUUUGUAGGUAGCACAGAAACGCUAGUACAUGGUGUGCAGUGUAGUAAUGACACAGCUUCAAGUGGUAUAUCAGCAGAGAUUAGUGACGCUCAAGUGUGGGGUUAUCCUGAUUUUAGCCAGAAUUAUUCAUCUACAAACCCGUUCGCUGAUGAAGAGAUUCCUUUACUGGUUGCAGAUUCUCAAGUUCUGUCUAUGCCUUGUAAAGAUGAUAAAACAGUUUCAGAAGACAAGGGUGAGGCUUCCUUGUCAGAUGUGAGCGGCCACCAUGAAAAAAAAGUAGAUUAUGAUGACAUUAUUAUCUGGUGUUUUGACGAGCCUGACGUCUUAUGUGAUGAGAAAACAGUUAAGGAACGUGAGGGUGAAGUUUCCUCGUCACUCGUGAGCAGCCUCCAUGAACAAACCGUUGAUAAUGUUGACCUUAACGAGUCUGAUGUCUCCCGUAAUGAUAAAACAGUUAGGGAACGUGAGAGUGAAGUUACCUCGUCACUCAUGAGCAGCCACCAUGGCAAAACCAUUGAUUAUGUUAUCCUUAACGAGCCUGACGUCCCCUGUAAUGAUAAAACAGUUAGGGAAUGUGAGAGUGAAGCUCCCUUGUCAGUUGUGAGUGAAGUUCUGCCUAUGUUUUGUAAAGAUGAUAAAGCAGUUUCAGAAGACAAGGGUGAGGCUUCCUUGUCGGAUGUGAGCGGCCAACAUGAAAAAACCGUAGAUUAUGAUGACUUUUUUAGCUGGUGUUUGGACGAGCCUAACGUCUUUUGUAAUGAUGAAACAGUUGAGGAAUGUGUGAGUGAAGCUCCCUCAUCAUUUGUGAGCAGCCACCGUGAACAAAAGAUAGAUAGUGCUGGCAGUCACCGGUUAUUUGAAAAGCCUGAGGUAUUUGAAGGACCAUUAUUUGGACCACCAACUAAAGCCAAAGUUUAUAAAGCUGGUUUUAUGGAUAUCAGAAGCAACUUUGAUGCUGAAGUUCUUGAUGAUUCGGAUUCACCAGUGUCUGUAGAAAGCUGUCUGGCUCUGUUCACCAAGCCUGAGAUUUUGUCAAAAGACAAUGCCUGGCACUGUGAGAACUGUUCGAAUAACCUAAAGCUCCAACGCUUGAGAGAAAAGAGAGAUAGAUUUGGAUAUGGAUGGAUGAAUGAAAAUGGUUUUGAUGAGUUUAACGAUGAUCUAUUCAACCAUUUCAUAAACUUGAAGACCAUGUAUGAUGGUGAUGCAGUGGAUUCAGAGGAAGUGAUAGUAAGAAGCCCUGCAAGUAAAAGAGUACUUGUAAACAAGGCACCACCUGUAUUGACCAUUCAUCUCAAAAGGUUUAGCCAAGAUGCUCUCGGAAGGCUAAGCAAGUUAAGUGGCCAUAUUGGUUUCAACGAGUUUAUCGAUCUUGGCCUAUAUAUGGAUAUGGACUCUAGGGGGACAGAAGAAGAAGAAGACCAGCCGGUUUACAUGUUGGCAGGGAUAGUGGAGCAUUCAGGGACAAUGGGAAGAGGUCACUAUGUUGCGUACAUAAGAGGAGACCAUGAUGAGAAGAGAGAUUCAUACAUAUGGUAUCGUGCAAGCGAUUCUUUUGUAAGACAGGUUUCUUUUGAAGAAGUUCUUCGUUCUGAGGCGUAUAUCUUAUUCUACCAACGUAUCUGA